UAACGCGACAAUGGCGACCUGAAAGUCUGGCGUGCGUUUCCUUGCUCCGUACACUUUUGACAUCUCGCCAGUGUUUACCGUAUUCUUUUCGCAGAUUUUUGACUGUGAAAUCGGUUCGUGCUACCGUAAAAUAUGUGACUGGUGAAGUGGAAACGCGAGAAAUAAGAAAUCGCGUCGAAGCAACCGUUAAAGCUAGCUAGGCGCACGACACAAUUCAAUGGUUUGGUCCCUGCCGAAAAAACAGGAGAGCCAUGUACACAUCGAUAUUUUGUCAAUUAUAAUGCGCUGCGUAAUUACGCGUUCCUUUUCAUCUGUAAAUAUCAGUGGAGCAGCAGAAGAGACUUGUCGCCAGAAAUAUUGUGGUGCUGAUACGGCAUGUUAAAAUAAGGGAAGCGAACGAAGGAAAUGAGCCACAAUAUCGCAGGCAUGCCACCCUUUGCGAGGAUGCCUUUGGGGGGUAUGGGUAUGGGUGUAAAUAUGGGACCUAGCGCUCCCCAUCCUGAAUCUUCUGCUCACCCUCAUCCACCACCGCCGCCACCUGCUGGUGCCAACCCCAAAAAGAAAAGACGUACAAACGCGAACGUUGCUCAGCCACCUCCACAGCAACCUCCAUCGGUGCAGGAUUUACUACCUCCACCUUUAACCGGAUACGGAGAUACCAUAGUGGCAAGUAACCCUUUUGACGAUACACCACCGCAGACCACUCAAACUCCUAUGAUGCACGGCGGACCACCCCACAUGCAUCCCCAUCACCCGCAUCACAUGGCCGGUCCACCCAUGAGAGGCAUGAGUCCGUUGACCUCGAUAGGCGGAAUGAGUCCUAUGAUGCCUCAUAACAUGGGUAGUAUGAGUCCAAUGGGAAAUUCGCCCAUGACGAAUCAUAUGAACCACAUGGGUGCUAUGUCUCCUAUGAAUCACGCGCCGAUAGGUGGCAUGAGUCCGAUGAACAAUAUGGGCCCCAAUAUGCCGCCUGGUUCGAUGAACACUAUGAAUAAUCAUAUGAAUAUGAGUCACAUGGGCAAUUCUCAGCUCAGUGGUCCACCUAUGGGUAGUCCGAUGAAUAAUAUGAGCAGUGGACCAAUGGGUAGCCCGAUGAAUAACAUGGGACACAGUAUGGGUAGUCCCAUGGGCGGCCCGUUAGGAUCUCCUAUGAAUACUAUGGGAGGUUCCAAUCAUAUGCCUAAUGGACCGAUGAAUAUGAACAAUAUUAAUAGUCAUAUACCACCGAACAGCCCGUUAAAUGGGCCCUCUAUGAACAACGUGAACAGUCCGUUGGGGCACAAUGGAUCUCAACCUCAUCCAAAUCACAUGGGCAACAACCUUAAUAAUUUAGGAAGGCCCAUGAACGGACCUAUGACUACUAUGAGUUCUAUGGUUACUAAUAACAUGAACAUGAGCGGUCCGAAUCAAAUAAACAACAUGAACAUGGGAGGACCACCGAUGAAUAACAUGUCCAAUAUGAGUAUCAGUCAUCACAAUCAAAUGAGUCACAUGGCUGGACCAAUGGGCACCAUGUCCAGUACUAUGGGUGGCGGUCCACCGAUAGGUCAUCCUAUUAAUAUGGGAGGUUCCAUGCCGCCCCAUGGAUUUCAAGGCCCACCAGGGAUGGGACCAAAACCAAUGCCGGUUUCUGCAGGAAAGAUAUAUCCUCCAGAUCAACCAAUGGUGUUUAACCCACAGAAUCCUAACGCUCCGCCUAUUUAUCCUUGCGGAGUGUGUCAUAAAGAAGUGCACGACAACGAUCAAGCGAUUCUUUGUGAAUCUGGUUGUAAUUUUUGGUUUCACAGGGGAUGCACGGGAUUAUCGGAAACCGCCUAUCAAUUACUAACGGCGGAAGUUUACGCGGAAUGGGUGUGUGAUAAGUGUUUGCAGUCGAAGAACAUACCUUUGGUUAAAUUUAAACCAUAACACUUCUUGACACGUCGUAUAUGCGACGCACGAGUGACUCUUUGUUAGCGUUUACACCUUGUACACGCACAUAUACGCGUGCGGUUGCACACACGUAUACACAUGCGAUAUACACUAGUGCACGGGCGAAAUCGUGCAUAUAAUAUAAACAUGCGCUGUUUGUUAAUAUCUUAGCUUUAACUUGUUGAAAUAUUAGGGUAUCAUUAUGAGUGGUAUCGACGAUCGAAAUGGCAGGAGCAACGUACGUUUGAAAGUUUAAAGAAAUUUUGAGUCUGUUCAUGACAAGUGGAUUCGUCCGAAUCAAAAAUUUAUUUAUAACACGGAGAAUUCGAGAAUUUCUAGACGGUUAAUUUGUUUUCUGUUAUCGUUAGAACAUGAAACAUAUUAAAGAAACAAGUCCAGGAGGC